ACUCAAUUUGUGAAUGACAAUCUGUUUUUUAGGUCACGAACUCACGACGACGAAAAGUCGAAGAUUAAUUUUAUUUAUUUAGUAGCAGCUACCACUGACUGAGUAGCUGAAUAAGUUGAAUAACGUUUUAAGACUUCGUUAAGUCCCGAUAUAAUUAUUUGCGGGCCAAUAGUAAAAACCAAAAAAAUGCAACUUACAUCAGACCCCAGACGUGCUGAUAGGGAAAGGAGAUACAAACCACCUCCUCCCACAUCGGCUCCAGUAGAAGAUCUAACAACGGACUACAUGAAUAUACUGAGUAUGAUCUUCUCAAUGUGUGGACUAAUGAUGCGAUUGAAAUGGUGUGCGUGGACUGCCAUCUUUUGCUCCAGCAUUAGUGUUGCCAAUGCGAGAGUCUCUGAUGAUACAAAACAGAUUGUGAGCUCAUUCAUGUUGUCUAUUUCUGCUGUGGCCAUGUCUUAUUUGCAAAACCCUGCACCAAUGUCUCCUCCAUGGGCUGCUUUAACAACAUAAAUACAUAAUAAAUAUCUACACUAUAAUGUUCAAAUUAAAUUAUACUAUUAAUAUAUUCUGUUUAAA